AUGACGAGGUUGACUGCUCGUGUCCAAAAGGUGAGGGAUGAGCUUGAACAACUUUUGGAUGAUGACGAUGAUAUGGCCGAUCUUUACUUGUCAAGAAAAUUGGCUGGUACAUCUUCACCUGUAAGUGGAUCAGGUGGUGCCAGUUGGUUCCAUGCAUCUCCUACCAUCGGCUCAAAGAUAUCCAGGGCUAGUAGGGCAAGUGUUGCAACAGUUCGGGGAGAUGAGAAUGAUAUUGAGGAGCUUGAGAUGUUGCUUGAGGCUUACUUUAUGCAGAUUGAUGGCACAUUAAACAAAUUAACUACGUUGCGUGAGUAUAUUGAUGAUACAGAGGAUUAUAUAAACAUUCAGCUUGACAAUCAUCGAAAUCAACUGAUACAGUUAGAGCUCUUUCUAAGUUCAGGAACAGUGUGUUUAGCCAUCUACUCAUUGGUGGCUGGAAUAUUUGGGAUGAACAUCCCAUAUACUUGGAAUACGGGACACGGUUACAUGUUUAAAUGGGUGGUCAUAGUCACAGGGACUUUCUGUGCCAUGGUGUUUGGACUUAUCAUGUCUUAUGCUCGGUUUAAAGGCCUUGUUGGAUCUUAA